AUGUUUACUACAAAAGAGAGAGAUCGUACAAAGAUCUUCAUCGUUGUGUUGGAUGGACCAAAAGUUUUGAGGGAGAAAAGUGGUGUCGCACCGCUAAGUUAUACCCUCCGGCAGGUAGUACAGCCAGACGAUGAGGUGGUUGUCCUUGUAAUCUUUAACUCCGGCGAUCUGACACAGACACCCGUUAUUUCCAGUUGUUGUAUAAGAACUGAAGGCCGGAAUCAUCAGCCAAAUAAUAAAAGAGACAUAUUCAUUACAAAGCUUAGAGAGGAGAUCAGUCAGGGAACAGAGGGUUAUAUGCGGAUCUUCCGACCAUUCCAUAGAGAAUGUAAAAACAUUGGAGUUAAGUUCGAGGCAAAGAUUGUCAUUGGGCCCACGUUAACUGCCAUUAUAUCGGAAGAAAAACUCAAUACAGGAGCAACUUCGGUUGUUAUAGGAAGUGAAGAUGAAGAAAUGAUUUUGUACACAUGCAACCCUUCGGGCGAAUCUUCAGGAGUCAAAAACGAAGGUUAUCGAGAUCAAAAACCUUCGAAAUACAAGAAAAAACAGUCGUCCAACAAUGAAGUAAAACCCAUAUAUCAUAUCCUCCCAAAUUUUGAGGGCAUUUAUCAACCUUCUUCAAGUUCUUCAAGCAUCGGAAGCACAAGCGAACCACAACAAGAAACAGAAGAUUUUGAGAAGUUUAAGGAUCAUUUCGUUGAAAUAAGCAACAUAGCAUCAUCGUCGCGUGGACUAGAGUUUCUUGUUGAACUAAGUUGGGAAGUGAUAUCGGAGAUAACAGAUCGGUUUAAAAACAUAAUUAAUGUUUCUUCAAAUGAGGCGUUUCAAGUGUAUAGCGGUUAUUUUGAAGAUAGAUCAUCUGCUGUUUUCGUGAAAAGAUUCGUUGGCACUCAUUUUAAUUACGUUCUUGAAGCUGAAAAGAAGGCAGCUUUGUCUAUGUAUCAUAAAAACAUUGUUCGGUUGCUUGGAUUCCAUCAGAACGAGAAUGCGAUGGCUUUGGUUUUUCCAUAUGCUUCUAGAGGUUUACUAAUGGACAGAUUUCUCAAUGGAUUCUGGACAAAGGAAUUAGAAAUUCAUUUUGCUGAUAAAAUGAAAAUAGCAAUUGGAAUAGCUCAAGGUCUGCGUUACAUGCAUGAACAAUGUCCUAGAGGGCCGAUAGUUCAUGGGGAUUUACGAGCAUGCAAUGUUCUUCUAGGCCACAACUUAGAACCACAGGCACGACCUUUAUUAGCACAAAGAGCAUACCAUAUAUUAUACGAUGAGUCCGAGCAUGAUUUCCAUGGAUUACUUGUAGUUACAACUGCUGCUAUUCGAUGCAUCAGUACAAGAUGGAAUUCAAGCCCAUGCAUGAGCCAGGUGCUUUCACUUCUGAAAGGAGACAUUUCUUGCGCUGAGCAAACAUUUCCAUCAACUGAAAGCAGCCCAGCUGCGACUUUAAGUCCAGAUUCAAAUGUAUGGCUGCGAUCGAAUGAAAACAGCUCUAUCAUGGCCUUAACUCCAGACUCAAAUUUAUGGGUAGUGUGA